AUAAUUAAUUUUUAUAUAUUUAGAAGAGUGAUGUUUAUUAUUGGUUUAUUAUUUUUUAUUAUAAAAAGUAAUUAUUUAUUAUUGAUAUUAUUAAGAUUAGAGUUUUUAGUUAUUUCUUUAUAUUUUAAUAUAGGAUUAGUAUUAAGAUUUAAUUUAAGAGAUUAUUUUUUUUUAAUAAUAUUUUUAACUGUGAGUGUAUGUGAAGGUGCCUUAGGUUUAGCAAUGCUUGUGUUAAUAAUUCGAAGAUAUGGAAAUGAUUAUUUAAAUUCUAUAUUAUUAUUAUGAUAA